AUGCCUAAUGAAAAAGAAUCCUAUUCUCAUGAAGAACGAGAAAACUUCACAUCCAUGUCAGAGAACGACGAGAGUUAUCAAUCAUAUUGUUUAUCUAAAGCAGAUUAUUUUGAAGACGAAAUUGAACGACUUUAUCAUGAAAUUGAACACCUUAAAAAAGAUAAUAAUUCUUUGAAAAAUACACUUUUUUCCCUCAUUAAUCGAUAUCCUAAAGAGUUCAAACAUUUUAUUAAAUUCUUGCAAGGGUUGAUUGAUACUGUAUGUCAACCAAUAAGAGGGAAUUCUAUUCUUACGAUAUCUCUUAGAGGAUAUCCUACAAAUAAAAUUAUAUCAAAGAUAGUUACACACAAAUCAAUGCUUUACACAAAGUACGAUCUUGAAG